CAUUAAAUCCAACCUGCCUCCAUCCAGACACAGCGCGCAGCCAAUCAACCUGAUCUGAAGAUCGAAAAUAGGAGGGCUUACAGUAAUCAGCCCUCGGAGUCUCAUGACAAGGAACAGUGUGGCAGCGUUGUGGGAGCGCUCGGCACACACAGCAGGACGCUCACUGGCGCUGCGCUCUCAGCUCAUAACCAACCAGAUAGCGCGAAGCGAGACAGAAGGGGGGGACGGGGACGGUAUAGGAGCAUCCAGUGACGGAUGCGUUUUUUAGCUGGUUUUGGACGCUCUGGAGUGUAAGAACAUCGGGAGACAGAGAGAGGCCGAGCGGGGAAAUUAAGCCGGGUGCUUUUUUUUUUUGGAGGGAUUUGACCAGAGUGCCCUUGUAUCGUCGUCUCCUCCGGAUGAUCAGAAAUGGGGGAAUGGACUAUACUAGAGAGGCUCCUGGAGGCUGCUGUCCAGCAGCACUCUACUAUGAUAGGAAGGAUCCUACUAACAGUGGUGGUCAUCUUCCGGAUUCUAAUCGUAGCGAUAGUUGGAGAGACUGUCUAUGAUGACGAGCAGACCAUGUUUGUUUGUAACACCUUACAGCCGGGCUGCAACCAGGCAUGCUACGACAAGGCAUUCCCCAUUUCACACAUUAGAUAUUGGGUUUUUCAGAUCAUCAUGGUGUGCACGCCUAGCCUCUGUUUUAUCACGUACUCUGUGCACCAGUCGGCCAAGCAGAAGGAGCGGCGGUACUCCACGGUCUACCUGACGCUGGAUAAGGAUCAAGAUUCUCUGAAGCGAGACGAAAGCAAAAAGAUAAAGAACACCAUUGUGAACGGAGUACUCCAGAACACUGAGAACUCCACCAAAGAAGCCGAGCCGGACUGCUUGGAGGUGAAGGAGAUCCCAAAUUCGGCCAUGAGGACUACAAAGUCCAAAAUGAGGCGUCAGGAGGGCAUCUCCAGGUUUUACAUCAUCCAGGUGGUGUUCAGAAACGCGCUGGAGAUAGGCUUCCUGGUGGGCCAGUACUUCUUGUACGGGUUCAACGUCCCGUCCGUGUACGAAUGUGACCGCUACCCCUGCAUCAAAGACGUCGAGUGCUACGUGUCCAGGCCCACGGAGAAGACCGUGUUUCUGGUCUUCAUGUUCGCGGUCAGCGGGUUCUGCGUGGUGCUGAACCUGGCCGAACUCAAUCACCUGGGCUGGAGGAAAAUCAAGACGGCCGUGCGGGGCGUGCAAGCCCGGCGGAAGUCCAUUUAUGAGAUCAGAAACAAGGACCUGCCGAGGAUGAGCGUGCCCAACUUUGGCCGCACGCAGUCCAGUGACUCUGCAUACGUGUAAAAAAAAAAAAAAAAAAAAAUCAACCCAUGAUGGACAUGAUGGACAGCUCCGCACGCCUAACACUUAUGUCAUGACUUUAAAGAGUGGGCAGAUUUAUUUAUUUACUUUAUUUAUUUUCUGUUUGAUUUGGUGAUAUUUUAUGGACUUCAAGACGAACGUGGAUCACACGUUGGUUUACUUUUACUUAUUUUAUUAAUGCACUGAUGCAACUUUUUAAGUAACGUUUCUACUUAAAACGUGGAGACCAUGUUGACGUGUUCGCAGAUUUACUCUUUCUUAGGCUGAACUUGAAAAGAGCAACUGCAAAAGAAGAAGAAGAAGAAGAAGAACUUGCACUAAAAGAGGUGAACACAUGAGAGCUUGAUAGUAUCCAAAUGUGCUGACAUUUGUUUCCACCCAUAUUUCGUUUAUGUGGCACCAUUAAACAGGGAAAAUAUAGCAUAUUCCUACCAGACCUAUAUAAACUCAUCAUAUAUAUAUAUAUAUAUAUAUAUAUAUAUAUAUAUAUAUAUAUAUAUAUAUAUAAAUCCUUACUUUUUAGCUAAAAUACAUCAGUUUGGUCAACUCUUUCUUCUUGUUUGUUUUUGUUGCCUGUGUUGCACCACUGACCUUAACAUAUGUAACCAUUCCAUUGCUUUAUAGCUAUAACUUGCAAAAUAGUAUCUGGUGAAUUUGCUGCAAAAUGCUAACGUCUGUGAAUUCCUUAAUUUAAGACACACCAAAGCGCCCACUGCUUUUAUUUGUGAGUGUUUAUUUUCUUGCUUUUCGUGUAAUCAAGUGCCAUACUUGUACAUAGACAUUAUAUAAAUUAUAAAUAUAUGUAUACAUAUGGAUAUAUAUAUAUAUAAAUAUAUAAAUAUCUGAUGAUAAUAAUAAUCAUGAAAGCUGAUUCCUUGCUUGGAUUAUGCUCAAUACUGGCCAAUUUAUUUUUGUUUGCUCCAAAUGUAUUUGUUGUGGUUUGACUGAAGAAAUUAAGAUAUUCUGAUUUUUUCCCCCUGUCUUUUAUUUUUGGAAAUGUCUGGGAAAAGAAAUGAAGUGCUAGUUUUUUUUUUUUUAUAAUAAUAAUAACAAGUCUCCCUCCAAUCACAGCUGGUCAAAUCUGAAAAGAAAAGCACAAAGUUGAAUUUUUGUCAAUGAAUGGGCAAUUACAAUCUGCUCUGGUGCUACAGUUUUUCAUAGAAUGGUUUUAAAUGUAACCUUCUGAACCAGAAAGAAGAAGAAAAAAACCCACAAACAUAUUUUUUUCUGUGGAAAAUAAAAAUGGGAUUCGUGUACACCAGAAA